GCCGUUUCAGCAGAAACUGGAGGGUGGAGGGCGGGAGAGAGUUUCUUUCACUUCCUCUGCACCUCUUGUGAAGAUGACGGAUUCAAUGGCUUCUCUCGUCUCUUCACUUUCACAUGGCUUCCGGGAAGUUCCUCCGGCAGCUGUUCCACCCAUGUUGGAUUGCCUUCUUGCCUCCACUGGCUUAUCUCCGUCCUCUGUUUUCUCUGCACUUUUCGACAAUUUCCCCAAUCUCAUUCAGGCUGCUAAGAAGGACGGGAAGUUGAAUUCCGAUCAUUGUACCGGUAUUGUAUCAGUGAUUGGCGCAUUAUGUUAUCUCCUGGAGAAAAUGGGGGCUAAUCAAGAAGCUUUGCAAUCAUUUAUAUGGAAGGGUUUUAUCCCACUAAUGACAAUGGGACCUGAGUUUGACCGUGAGUUUCUUAACCAGAUUGCAGACUUAUUCUUUGAUAUUGUGGCAAAGACCAAUUCCUGGGAGCUUUUGGAAGCAAGUUUGGUUCCUUUUUUCCUAAGCUCUCUUCGUAUUUCAGCUGGUGCAAUUGAAAAGGAAGAGUUAGAUGCCACUGAAUGGGGUGUGAAAGUAAACAAUUUGAAUAUGGUGGAUAAAGACCAUGACAUUUCUCCAUCCGGGGCUUUCCCAUUGCCACUAUCAUGCCAUGUUUUAAGUUUGAUACUUGAUGCUGCUCUACAAAGCCUUCAGGCAGCUCCAGCCCCAGAAUUGGUUAAUGGAUGCUGGCAUGCUGAAAAGUGUGCUUCUAAUUUGCUUUGGGAUAUAUGUAGUAUGACUAAAAAGUUGCUCUUGCAAAGUUUGGAACAUCGUUCCUGUGCAAUUGGCUUUCUACUCCCAAUCAUUUUUAAAGCAUUCAUUGCUAACUACUCCUUUGAAAUCUCAAUUCAUGGGAACCCACACAUAUUCACCAGGAAUUCUUUCUUUAAGGAAAUUUGGGCAUGCUGCAGAGCACUGUUCUCUCUGGGAUCCUUAGAGAGGAGAGAUGCAUAUGGUGUACUCUCUCUGUAUUUGUCUUUUUUCUCUUGUUCAGAUAUUUCAGGAAAAUGUUACAUGAGUGAUGGAGAAGAAUUUGACAUCAAAACUGAAAAAGAGUUUUGGAAUGAAAUUAAAAGAGGCUUGGUUGAUAAGGAGAGCUUAGUGAGGAAGCAAUCGUUACACAUAUUGAAAAGAGUACUAUGCGCAAGUGGUGGAAGUCAAUACAACUCUGGCUUUUCAGAGGAUAAACUGCAAAGGAAACAUCCAGGACAUGGCAUGACAAAGAGGGAGCUCUGGGCUGACAAGGAAGCUAAGUCACUAGGUGUAGGAAAACUAUGCAGUGUAGCUGAAUCGGGCUUUAACAGUAGGCAGCAGUGGGAGGCGUUCUUACUUUUAUAUGAAAUGCUUGACGAGUAUGGUACGCACCUCGUAGAUGCUGCUUGGAAUCACCAGAUAACUUUGUUGCUUCAGUUUUCUCUCUCACAUGAUAACUUUGUAAGUGCUAUUAGCAGAGGUCCUCAACAAACUCAGAUGGAAACUUUCAAUGAAGUUUUCAGUUGGUUAUCAAUAUUGUGGGAACGAGGCUUUUGUCAUGAUAAUCCCCAAGUUAGGUGCAUGAUCAUGCACUCAUUUCUUGGCAUUGAAUGGAUAAAGUAUGGAGCCUGUGCAAAAUCAAUACCUGAAAGUUUUGUUCUUGGUCCAUUUAUGGAAGCUUUGAAUGAUCCAGUUCACCACAGUGAUUUUGGUGUAAAAGGAGUUUAUUCUUCAAAAGCAAUUGAGAGUGCGGCCCAAUUUUUACUUCACUAUGCAAGCUACCUAGAUGCGAGGAGAUGGAUUGCCUUUUUGAUCAAUUUAGCAUCUCUUGCUAAAAGGCAGUCUUUUGGUAGAGCUGGAUUAAUGGGUCUUGCAGAAUGCAUUGCUUCAGCUGCUUGUGGAAUUAGAAAGGAUGACACCUAUGAUGCUGAAUGGUACAAAGAUGCUUCCCCUGAUAAGGCCCCACAGGAAUCUUCUCCAGAGAGAUCUUUUUUGGAUAAUAAAAUAGAGUUACUGGAGGUUCUGAGAUUUAUCAUUCAAAGCAGCAAACAACAUUUUAAUCCCAAUUACCGUGUUCAAGUCUGUGGGAAAGUCCUUAAAGCCGCUGCUUCCUUGAUGUAUGCUACUGAUGUUCCUCUUGAGAUACUGUUGAGCUUUAUUUCAACAUUGCCACGAGAAUUUACUGAUAAUGGUGGUUCUCUAAAAGUAGGAGUACAGGACUGGCUAUUGGGAAAUAGAAAGAAUCAUGCUGCUAACUGUUAUGGUAUUGAGGCACAGCUUUUGAAGAAUCUCCAUGACUUUCCAAAGAAAUUUGUUAGUCAUCAAUAUUUGGUAGAAAAUUUUGAUGAUGAAGACCUGGAGGCCUGGGAACUUCAAGCAAAAAGAUGGGCAAGAGUUCUCUUUCUUGUAAUUGAGGAGAAAGAGGAUUUAAUGCCAAUCUUGCUGUGGAAGUGGCUUUGCAUUGAAUCUCUGUUGUCUAUACCUCUCUAUGCCUUUGAAAAUGGGAUUCACUUAGAAGAUGGGAGCUUUUUCUUCUCAGAUGUUGCCGUCAGGAACAUUCUUAUUGAUACUGUUGAGAGUCUUGAGAAUGCUGGGGAAGAUUCUGCGUUACCUAUGCUGAGAGCUGUCAGAUUGGCCUUGGAGCUACUUUCUUCAGGAAGAUUGUAUUCAGCUGUUUCUUCAUACAGUGGUGUAGGCACACAAGACAAACAGGUUCUUCAUGCAAUGAUUUGGCAAUUGGUUCACUCCUGCUGGAUAUUGCAUGUCAGCUGCAACAAACGGAGGGUUGCACCUAUUGCAGCUCUUUUGUCUUCUGUCUUGCAUCCUUCACUGCUUAGUGAUGACAAUAUGCAUAUGAUGAAUGGUGAAUCUGGGCCUCUGAAGUGGUUUGUUGAAAAACUUCUUCAGGAAGGAACAAAAAGUCCCCGUACAAUUCGUCUUGCUUCUUUACAUUUAACAGGGCUCUGGUUUUCAAAUCCUAGAACCAUAAAGUACUACAUAAAGGAGCUAAAGCUGCUAACACUUUAUGGCUCUGUUGCAUUUGAUGAGGAUUUUGAAGCUGAGUUAACUGAGAAUCAUGAUGUGAGGACUGAAGUAUCAUUACUGGCUAAAAGCCCAGACCCAGAACUCACUAAGGCAUUUAUCAACACAGAGUUGUAUGCACGUGUGUCUGUUGCUGUUCUCUUUAACAAGCUAGCUGACUUGGCUGAUUUGAGGGAAUCGUCAUGUGAAAACAAAGAUUGCCAGGCUGCUCUUGAAUCUGGAAAACUAUUUCUGCUAGAGCUUCUAGAUUCUGUGGUGAAUGAAAAGGAUCUUGCAAAAGAAUUGUAUAAGAAGUAUAGUGCGAUUCAUAGGAGAAAGGUGCGGGCCUGGCAGAUGUUAUGUGUUUUAUCACGAUUUAUUGAUGAAAAUGUAGUUGGGAAGGUUGCAGAAAGCUUGCACAUAGCACUUUAUAGAAACAAUUUGCCAUCUGUCCGCCAGUACUUAGAGACAUUCGCAAUUAAUAUUUACGUAAAAUUUCCAGCAUUGGUUGCAGAGCAGUUGGUUCCUAUGUUACGAAAUUAUGAUAUGAGGCCUCAGGCACUGUCCUCCUAUGUGUUCAUAGCAGCCAAUGUUAUCCUCCAUGCGUCAAAAGCAGUUCAAUUCAGUCAUUUGGAUGAAUUACUCCCCCCUAUUAUUCCAUUAUUAACUUCACAUCAUCAUAGCUUGCGUGGAUUUACUCAGGUGCUAGUACACCAAGUACUUUGCAGAUUAUUUUCUCCCUUGGAUUCAACAAGGUCUGAUAUCAAGCAUUUAGAAAAACGAUGCUUUGAGGAUUUGAAGUCCUACCUGGCAGAGAACCCAGAUUGUGUACGUUUACGAGCAUCCAUGGAAGGCUAUCUUGAUGCCUAUAAUCCAAAUACCUCCGCUACUCCAUCUGGAAUAUUUGUUAGUCGGGUUGAGGAGGAAAUGGAAUUCGAAUGUGUUCCUACAUCCCUUAUGGAGCAAGUUCUAAAUUUUCUUAACGAUGUGAGGGAGGACCUCAGAUGUUCAAUGGCAAAGGAUGUAGUGGCAAUAAAAAAUGAAAGCCUAAUUGGUGAAGAUCCGAACUCCACAGAAAUACUGUCUGCUGCAAAAAUAGAAAAGUUGCUUGAGCUGCCUAAAGAUGCACGCUUAGACUUCCAGAAAAAGAUUACUCUCUCUAAACAUGAAAAGCAGGAUUCCCAUUCCGUUUUGGGAAACAGGGAAGCCUACAAACGUCUUUUAGAAAUGGAGAAGGAAGAUGAUCUUCUUAAUGAGUUGUUGAAGUCUAGAAGCUUGGCUAUGGAAAUGGUAAUGGGAAACCGCCAACAGUUUAUCCUUGUAGCAUCAUUUAUUGACCGUGUUCCUAACCUUGCUGGAUUGGCAAGGACCUGUGAGGUAUUUAGAGCAUCAGGAUUAGCUAUAGCAGAUACCAAAAUAGUGGCGGACAAACAGUUUCAACUAAUCAGUGUCACAGCAGAGAAGUGGGUCCCUAUCAUAGAAGUCCCAGUAAAUAGUGUGAGGCAUUUCUUGGAGAAAAAGAAAUGGGAAGGUUUCUCAAUCUUAGGAUUGGAGCAAACUGCAAAUAGUAUACCUCUCGAUCAGUAUAUCUAUCCCAAAAAGACCGUCUUGGUUCUUGGGCGUGAAAAAGAGGGUAUACCUGUGGAUAUAAUCCACAUAUUGGAUGCUUGCAUUGAGAUUCCACAAUUGGGAGUUGUUCGGUCACUUAAUGUUCAUGUCAGUGGAGCCAUUGCUCUCUGGGAGUAUACUCGACAACAACGGUCACAGUAGUUCAUUAGUUCUGGAAAGAAUUUGUUUUAGGAGGGAGAUACACUACCCAGCAUCCUCGUGUCUGAGCAGGCAUCAAGACAAUUCCUUAUUCUCCCAACAGGAUCAUUAUAUUUAGCUAAAAAUCAUACUGAACCCAGUUUAUAUAUAUUUUGUAAGUUGGGCCAAUUGUAACAUGUGUAUGUAUCAUACAUGUGGUUAUCUUGUACUUUAGAUUUAAUAAUGCCUUUGUUCAAACUUUUUUUACAAGAGGAAAAGAGGAAAAAUUCAUGUAAUUGUCAGAACCAAGUUAAUAGUUU